UGGUGACACUGUUCGUUUCUGCGUAUCCACAGCAGGACCAGAGGGCUGGCAGACUGGACGGUGUCUGGUGGGUGGCCAUGACGGACUAUAGCAGGGGUGGAGCUGCUGUGCACAUUGCUAUAAUUUGUUUGCCCUGUAGUUGCUUCCUGGGAGGUUUUUUGGGGGGCAGAUGGGGGUUAGCAAGCAUAACCAGUUUAAUGAUUAACUAACCCUUCCUGUCCUCCCUGUGCAGUACUGUGUGUCUAUAUAUAUAUACAUAUAUAAGGCUGCUGUGCUCUCCAGUUGUCAUUAUCCCAUCAGGGCAAGGGAAGAACAGAAGGCAGAAGCAGGAGGAAGAGACCAGGACAGGAAAAAGCAGCUGAGUCCCUCUAAAGACAAAAUGAAGUUGGCAUGCUUAAUUCUACUGGGAAGCUUGUGCACCAUUAACGCAGUGCCUCAUUUGACGCGGACAGUCACGGAGACGCCCUUACUCAGAACUCCGCAGCCGACAGAGGCCAGGUCUCGCUUCGCGAUGCUGGACGACGUGCGACUGUUGGCCAACGGUCUCCUCCAGCUGGGGCAAAGCCUUCGGGAAUUCGUGCACAAGACCAAGGCGCAAAUCAACGACAUCUUUCAGAAGCUGAACAUAUUUGACCGAUCCUUCUAUCAGCUCUCACUCGUGACCAGUGAGAUCAAGGAGGAGGAAGAGGAGCUGAAGAAGACCACCACCUUCCUGAAGGCAAACAAUGAGGAGAUCCGGAAUUUAUCAAUGGAGAUCCACUCAAAGGUCAACAGUAUUCUCCAAGAGCGUAGCCAGCUGCAGACCAAAGUGGGGAGUCUGGAGGAGAGGCUAAAAGGCCUCUCACACACCAUGGUUCCUCCGGAGCAGCUCCAAGAGAUCUCUACACUGAAGGGUGUGAUCGACACUCAGGAGAAGACGAUCAAAGACCUGCUAGAGGCAGUGAGAGAGCAGCAUGAGCAACUCAACUCACAGAAAAUCAAAAUCAAGAGCCUGGAGGAGAAGCUUGGUUCCGACUCUUUUCAAGAAACUGCUGAAAAAUCUACAAAUUCAAGUCCAGAGCAACCUAAUGUUUUAGAAUACCUGACAAGUAACUCAACCAAUUCAACCAUGGACACAAAUGACUUUCCCUCAGACUGCAGUGAAAUAUUCAGGAGAGGCCAAACAAAUAGUGGAAUUUACUCCAUCAAACCUAAUCAAUCAGAACCAUUCAAUGUAUUCUGUGAUAUGAGUUCAGAUGGGGUGGCCACAAUUAUUCAGCGGCGAGUGGAUGGGUCUCUAGAUUUUGAUCAGAAUUGGGACAAAUAUGAGCUUGGAUUUGGUAGUUUGGAAAAGGAGUUUUGGCUGGGCUUGGCCAAGAUCUAUUCCAUCGCCUCACAGGGAGAGUACAUCCUCAACAUCCAGCUUGAAGACUGGAAAGAAGAGCGAAGAUUCGUUGAGUACAUGUUCACCCUGGAUGGCCCUGCAUCUCACUACACCAUCCAUCUUACACUUUUGUCUGGCAAUGUGCCAGACGCCAUGAGUAACCACACGGGCAUGUUCUCCACCAACAACAAGGACAACAACCAACACAAGGACUCAAACUGUGCCCCUAACUACACAGGUGGCUGGUGGUUUAACGCAUGCGGUGAUACCAACCUAAAUGGACCUUACACCUGGAUGCGAUCCAGGAGCCGUACUCUGCGCAGGAAAGGGAUCUACUGGAGACCUGGCAGGCGAAGCUCUUACACCCUCAGAUCUACAAAGAUCUCCAUUAGGCCAUCAUCCUAGUUGCAGGGAUCACCGAAUCUGUUGCUCUUUAUCGAUCCAAAAAGGUCGCGCAGGUAGCAGCGGCUGUGGCCAACUGGCAUCUUCCCAUUCCCCUCCACUCAAACCAAACAUGCGGACUCCACAUCAGAGAAUUAUGCUGCUGCAUCAAGUCAUCAGUCUCUCGGUAACAGAUAUGAAGUAAAUGUUGCACGUGAAAGCUUACUGCUAUUAAUUUACCGCAGACUUGUUGAUGGAGAACACAGACACAGCUUAGCGCACUUCUAAAGUACAUAUAAAGACCCAUCGCAUGCUGUUAUGAUUUGUGAUAUGUUUUCAAAAACACUUCUAUAACUAAAGCACCUACAGAAAUCAACUAGUAUACAGAAAUGCAUACAUGUCUAAUAGUCUAGUUUUUAUAUUGCAGUUUAACUUUAUUAUAUUUAAACAGUUCAUAUUUGAGCUGCAUUAGUCCAGAAAUGCUAUGAAAUUGCUAACUGUUUGCUCCUUUAUGUUACUGAGUCAUAUUGACUCUUAGGUACACAGUGGACAUACCCAACUGUACAGUGCAUGUUUUCUUUGGAUUUUUCACGGAUUUGUCUUUAGAAACAGUCUGGUAAACCAUUUUUGUAACAAAUAAAUACAAACUCUCUACUGGAUCAUUUGUAAGUCCAUGCACUGCAGACAAAUCUGAGGAGACAAGUGAAUGCUCUGGAUUAUCAUUUUAAGUCUUCAGUUAAAUUAAAAACUUAUUGAACAUUAACUAAACACAAUUGCCAAUGAAAGGUGAACUGCUCCUUGUCAGUAAUCAUUUUAAAUCUGUGGAAUGUGGAAGAAUUUACACACUGCACAAUUAUUUAUAUUGGGGUUAAAAAAAAGCAUCAUCUGAAAAGUCUUCCA